UUAGUUAAGUUAUGCAUCGGUCAAAACAUUAUUUUGUGUGUAAAAGAAUAUCAAUCGCAGGCGCAAAAAAUAAAUUCGCGAAGAAGUUUAUAUUUUUAGCAGUCGGUGGAAUGUGUUCAUUGUGGUUGGUCACUAAUUCAAACUGAAAAUUUUUUUGCGAUUCUUUUCCGAAUUAUUUUUUGACAAAUUGAGCAGAAAUUGAGGAGAAACAAUGGGCAUAUUAACGACACAGGACAGUGCUAGAUCAUUUUCAACUUAUGUUGCGCUUUUCGGUCUCGCCCUGCUGAUAACUUCAGCAAUUUAUUUGAAGAACCUCAACAAAUGGGAAGAACACCAUGCUUGCGUGGAAACAAUACCGGAAAAUGAAAAAUUUUCAGCUGACAUUCUGUGUUCGAACUAUUACGCCUGGCGACGUGCAGCUAUCAUCGGAAUCAUUAUCGGUGUCAUGGACGUACUUCUCUUACCAUUUCUUCUAUGCUGUGGCUGUUGCCUCGUCUGUGGCUGUACGGCACUGUUUUGUGCAUGCAUGAAAUGUCAACCUGAUGAUUCAUUUCCCUUUCGCAAUCAAAAUGCUGGAAAUACAACGGAGAACCGAACAGCGUCACCCACUAAUGAGGUCGAAUUAAUACCACCAGCUACAAACGCCGCCACAGAGCCAGCAACCACCGAUGAUGAUGAUGAUGUAGAUCUGUUCGCCAAAUGUAAUUUGAAAAAUUUGCCGAAACCGCUGAUGACGCUUCUGAAUGUGAUUGGAUGGUCGGUGUGGGUAUUGCUUCCGUUUGUCGGCACAUUGUUGAUUGUAAUUUGGAUAAGCGAUAAAGAAGCUAUUCGUACGCGAGACGACGAGUUGUACCGGUCGGCGUUGACAGUAUAUGUGGUCGCUUUGUUGAAUUUGAUGGUCUUCUAUCAAAAGUUCAUUGACAGUGUGUUUCAACGAUGCUGUGGAUCGAAGAAAAAGGAAAAGAAGGAAGAAGAGCCACCGGUUGAAGUGUGAGGCGAUA